AGGGGUUGAGAAAGGCGAAGGUUUUCGUUUUCGCAUCUUAUAUCGAAAAUGGUGGUGAUAGAGCCGCACGGAACUGAAGAAACCCCGGAGCCGAUGCCGUCUUCCUCCAAAGCGACGGAGGGUUCAACCGACGAUUCUACCUCAGCUGCUGCGGCAGCAUCAAAUACGCACGGAGAUAUUUCUGAUGGUUUCGAAACUGCAAGCGAACGUGACGUCAGUGAUAACGAAGAAGGUAAUAUAGGGAAUGAAGUGGAUCACCAUAAAGGACAGCGAGAACAAGAGAAGGAAGAUGAACAGCAAGAACAAGAGAAGGAAGAUGAACAGCGAGAACAAAAAGGAGGGGACUCCUACGAAGAUGCCUUAAAUGACGAAGAAUUGAAGCAGAAAGCUUUGGCACAAGCAAACGAUGCAAAACUCGAAGGCAAUAAACUGUUUGGGAAUGGCCAGUAUGAGGAGGCAUUGUUGCAGUACGAGAUUGCUCUACAAGUUGCACCAGAUAUGCCUGAUUCUGUUGAGAUCCGUUCCAUAUGCCACUCAAACCGUGCUAUAUGCUUUUUGAAGCUAGGAAAGUAUGAUGAGACAAUCAAGGAAUGCACAAAAGCUUUGGAACUUAACCCUUCAUACAUAAAAGCUGUUGUAAGAAGAGGAGAAGCUCACGAAAAGCUUGAACACUAUGAAGAGGCUAUUGCUGAUAUGAAGAAAAUAUUGGAAUUGGACCCUUCCAAUGAGCAGGCUAGGAAAGCAAUUCGCCGUUUAGAACCACUUGCAGAAGAAAAGCGGGAAAAGAUGAAAGAGGAGAUGAUUGGAAAGCUGAAAGAUCUGGGCAACUCUGUUCUUGGCCGUUUUGGGAUGAGUGUGGACAACUUCAAAGCUGUCAAAGAUCCAAACACGGGCUCCUAUUCUAUAUCAUUCCAACGCUGAGGUGGUCACUGAAAAAAAAAUAUAUAUAUAUAUAUUUUUUGGGGAAAUUUCGGUGUAAAUAAAUGGAAGACAGUAUAUGGAAUGAUCCACAAGCCAAGCUGGAUAUGUUUUCUCCAUGGGAUUAUAGAUUACAAGUAAAUGUGGAGCACAUGAGUGAUUGUGAUUGGUCAAAAUUUCUUCCGCGCUUGUAUGAAGUUGUAAAUUGGCAGUCUCAACUGUUUCUUUGUUUUGAUAUUAAUUAUUUGUUGCAGUGAUCUCCUUUCAUCUUCUUCAACAUGGGGACUAGUUUUAUCAUCUUGCUGGAAGAAUGCCAGGCUGUUACAGCCAUAUCAAAUUGCAACAUUCCUUUAGUGCAUUUAUGUCUUGUGAGAAAUGUGCUUGCUAGCCAGACCAGUAAGAAUGACUAGUUUUCUGUAAUCUGUUGUAGUCGACUUGGGAAGAACACCAUCAUGAAACCUUUCAUGAACCUUCAAUCAUGUCUGCUUCACUUCCUGCUGCCUCUAACUCCACAUGGCUGUGGAUAGGAAUUAACAUGAUUUUUCCUGUCUCCUAGAUCUAGUUCGAAUUCCGAGGUGGAUAACAGGGUUUAUACCACGUUCGAUAAAAGGAUUUCCAGGGA